UCGGCCCAAGCUCAGAGCCUCCGUAAAAAUAUUCAAUUAUAAAUUGAAGUAGCCCACUCAGCGUUGUUUUUGAGAGCAAAAUUCUGAUUUGUGUAUCAGCAAAUCGAUAAACACUGAAGAUGGAUUGUGAAGGAUCUAUCAGGCCGAUUAGCGACCUACCAGUGGGCUCUCGAGGCGCGCCAUGCCUCCCAAGAAGAAGGGUCGCAAGAAGGAGCAGCCGCCGCUGUCCGUGCAGGGCCUGCUGCACCUGGAGGCCUCGUUCGUGGCCCCCACGGACGGCGUCACGCUGGCCACCGUCGCGCCCGGCUCGUGCUACGGCUACGGGGAGGGGGCGGGACACAUCCCCGCGGAGGCCGAGACGGACCCGGCGGCCGGCCCGCUGCCCGGACCGCACGGCGACUCGCCGGUGGCCGCGGCCGGACCGCCGCCGCCGCCAGCAGACCAGCCGCCCACAGGGAUCCCUAACGGAGAGAUACCGGUGCCGCCGCCGCCGCUACCGCCGGCGACCCUCGCACAGCCGCCGCUGCCGCCGUCCCACCCGAACGGACCCGGCGCUCAUGGUCAGCCGGAGUUUGCGGCGAGCGGUGGGGCUGGGGAUGCUGCGCCGCCUGCAGCGAUCGUCCCCAACGGACACCCUACCGCUGUGAGCGGCGGGGCUCCCCACCCGCCGGCCUCCCAGUUGGCCCCGCAGACCGGCCUGCUCCCGCCACUGGCAGCCGCCCCGGUGUCUGAGAUCCCGACCCCGACCGCCACAGUCGGCCAGGCGGUGAUCCGCGCCGCUCCCGCCCUGCUCCCGCCUCCUCCCCCGCCGCCGCUGCCACCUCCGCUGCCGGAGGACCUCAGCGGCGGCGGCAUGGACGCGGCCAGUGCCGUGGUGUCUGGAGAGCUCAGCACUCGACAGCUAGUGGCAGCCGCGGCGGCGGCGGCCGACCCGUCGGGCCACUGGUGCAGCGGCGCUCAGCACCCGCAGGCCGCCCCCGCCCCCGCCCCUGCCGCCGCCCCCGCAGCGGUCACGGCGCCGCCCGCGGAGCCCCAUCCCGAGUCGACGGCUGCCGACGGGCUGCUGCAGCACUACUGGCAGUUUGUGCGGGAGAACCAGUACGACUUCAACGGCUGGACCUACCUGCUGCAGCACGUCGAGAAACAGACGAACCUGGAUGCGAUUCGGGCGGUGUAUAACGCGUUCCUGCCUCUCUAUCCGUACUGCUACGCCUACUGGAAAAAGUACGCCGAACUGGAGCAGCGCAGCGGAUAUGCAGACAGGGCGCGUCAGAUCCUGGAGCGGGCCGUGCGCGCCAUUCCGCUAUCUGUGGACCUGUGGAUGUGCCUGCUGAACCUCGUCAGGGAAAUGGUCAAAGGACAGAAGACGGCACAGGAGCAGACCAGAGAGCUGUGUGAGCGGGCGGUGCGCUCGGCGGGCUCCCAGUUUCGCUCAGACGCCCUCUGGGAGUGUGUUAUCCAGUGGGAGGCGAGCCAAAGCACACUGAGCGGCGUCACUGCCAUCUACCGGCGGCUGCUGAAAAUACCCACGCGGCUCUACAACCGACACUGGGACAAUUUUCUGCAGCACGUGCGUGACUACCACCCCCGGGACAUCCUGGAGCGGGACGAGUACAUGGCUCUGCGGCGCCAGUGCUGCAUCGACCUGGACAUGGCCUACCGGGAGGAGCCCGCCUUCGAGCUGCCCGAGCCCGUCAAGACGCCAAAGCCCGAGGUGAAGCUGAUCAGCGCCAUCAAGGAGAAACUGGUGGCCGACAUGGUCGCCGUCCACGAACAAACGGAGAAGAGGGUGGAGAAACGCUGGAAACUCGAGGACAAGAUCAAGCGGCCGUACUUCCACGUGAUCCCGCUGGACAAGCGGCAGCUGCGCGCCUGGCGCGAGUACCUGGAGCUGGAGGCGGCUGACGGCGACCACCACUCGCUGGUACAGCUCUACGAGCGCUGUCUGAUCUCCUGCGCCCAGUACGAGGAGUUCUGGAUGCAGUACGCCCGGUACCUGGAGCGACAACUGCCGACGGCCGGCGGCAAGGAUAAACCUCAGACCUCCGCCGCGGCUGGGUCGACCGGCGCCCCGUCUGCCCCGCCUGCUGCGGCGGCCGGCGCGGCCGAUGACGCCGCCGUGCAGCGGCUGCUGACGGCCGACCAGUCGGGACGCGCCGGCGCCCCCUCCUUCGAGACCGAGUCGCAGCAGCUGCCGGAGGAGCGGUCCGACGUCGGCGCCGGUUUCACGCCGCUCGAGGACCCGGCCGACGCCGUGCGGGAGGUGUACAAGCGCGCCUGUCUGGUGCACUGUCCCACCAAGCCCAACGUGCGCAUGCAGUGGGCGGCGUUCGAGGAGAGCGUUGGCCACGCGGGCACGGCCGUGCAGCUGCUCGGCCAAGUACUGGCCAGUUUCCCGGCGGCCGUACGGCCGUGGCUGCAGCUAAUCGGACUCGAGCGGCGGCGGAAUAACCUGGAUGAGUGCAGUCGGCUGUACACGGAGGCGGCGGCAGCGGCGCCCCAAGAGCUGCGCACCUGGUGGGCCAUGAAACACGCCCGGUUCGCCUUCAAGAUUCUGAACAAACCUGACAAGGCGCUGGGUAUCCUACGCACUGCCGUAAAGAAUGACCGCUCCAACGCGCGUCUGUACCUGCACAUUCUGGACGUGUGCUACCAGCGGCACCCGGUGGACGUCAGGGGUGUGAGCGCCGCGCUCACUCUAGCGCUCAACAGCAAGGAUCUCUCCGCUCGCGACAAGCUCGGCUUCCGCCGGAAGCGGGUGGAGUUUUUCGAGGAGUUCGGCUGUCUGUCCCAGCUGCGGACCGCGGAGGAGGAGCUGGAGAGUGAGGAACGCGCGCUGCUCGCCGCCGAAAAGAAACUCGCCCGGCAGCAGGAGAAGGAGCAGGAGCGACUGGAGCGGGAGCAGCAGGAGCGGGAACAGCAGGAGCAGGAGCAGCGCGAGAAGGAGCAGGCCAAGGCGGGAGCCAAGCGCAAGAGCAAGGGCAAGAUGGACCCGACGCCGCCGCCGCCACUGCCAGAGAAAAAGCCGGAGAAUGAGGCCGGUGAGUUGGCUCCGGUGACGACGGUGACCACUCCGUGUCCCAACUGCGGCUGGAACGGCUCGGCAGGCGCUGCAGCGGCGGCGGAUCAGACUGCCGCUGCCGCCCCCGCCGCCGAGCCGCCGGCCGUAUACGACCAGGUGCCGCCCACGUGGGACCUCACAAUGAGCACACAGGCCUACGGGUACGGCAACGACCCGCAGUACAAGUGGUUCCAGGAGCGCGGCUACCGGGAGUACUCGGCCCGCGAGGCCGGCGGCUACCCCGCCUCGCUGCUCGACCCCGUAUCCUCUGACGAGGAGUCCUCUCAGGAGCCGCCUCAGGCCAAACGGAGAGUCCUGCUGCCCGACCCGGUGGUGGUGGGGAAUCAAAUCGUCACCAGGGACGGACGGAGGGUGCCGCGGUAUGUGAUCCAGCCCCGGGCCCCGACUCUGAGGCCGAUGGGCCGGCCGGGCGGACAGAUGGCCGUGGAACAGCCCACCGACGCGCCCGGACAGCAGGAGCCGCAGCGGCGUAUCCCGCAGCUGGCGCGCCUUCCGACGCCGCUGAUGCAGGACAGCCAGUGUACCAACGUGCCAGACUGGCUGGUCAACGAGGGAGGCGAGCUGCUGCUCUCUGAGACAGAGAACGGGCCGUCCCGCAUCCGCUACUGGCCCAACUUCAUGAACAGGAGGGGCGUCAUGCGAAUGUUCCAGACACUGCGCCGGUACGUCAAGUGGCACCAGACGCGCCAGGUGGCGGCCGAUGGACGGUUCGUGGCACUGAAGCGACUGGUGGCCUGGUUUGGGCCGUGCGGGCUGGACGAAUCCGGCCUGAAGAUGCCGUCCAACGACAGCUGGUCGCCCGAGCUGCUGGACCUGCUGCAGAGCCUGUGCCAGUUCGUGGGCCACGAGUUCAACAGCUGUCACCUGAGCCUGUUCCGCACGGGUAACGACGUACACGAGUGGCACGUGCACGAUCAGCCGGCGCUCGGGCGCCACCCCACCAUCGCGAUCAUCUCACUAGGUGCGAUUCGGUGUUUCGAGCUGCGGCAGCUGGGCUGCGAGCGGCCGCGCUUCCUGAGGUUCCCGCUGUUCCCGGGCAGUGUGCUGGUGAUGGAGGGCGCCACUCAGCAGGACUGGCAACACCAGAUCCCUCGCGAGGCUCAGGUGAAGGAGGAGCGAAUCGAGCUUCAGUUCCGCGUCAUGUACGACUUGAAGGACGCUCCGGGCGCCGGGCGGCCCCGGCUCCGGGAGCCGCCGAUGUGAAAAGAUUCAAUGCUCAGUGACCUCCAACUAUCUCACUGCCGGGGUUCUACUCGGGUUUGGCUCGGAUUUGACGGCCUCAGUACACCGGUGGUUUCCGUGCGCUGUGUCGGUGACGUGUGGAGGAAGCUGCACGAUGUGAUUCAGGUCUCGAGAUGCUGUGCCACCGUGAGGCGACCAAGAACUGAUUACUGUGGGAGGUACCUGACAAGUGACUUGUAACUAGUUACAAAGUUUUCGAUAGUCACAGAGGGUGUAAGUGCGCACUUUGCUGCCAGCGAUUUGGAACCAUUUUGUCAUCAGCAUUUAGAAUGUAUUCAUGCCAUGAGUGCUGAGUUUGCACACCUGCGUGUUUCAUGUUGACUGUGACUGCGGGGUGUAUCAGAAUAGAAUUACUCUUUCUGUA